UUCCAGCAGAGGCAGGCCUCCCCCGGGGCCCCGCCCGGGAGGGAAUCGGCCCCCCCAGGGCCGUGGCACCCCGGUCCGAGGUCGCCGGCCGGGGGGCGGAGAGCGGGAGCGGGUGUGCGCGUGCCACAGGCUGCAGCUGCGCCCCGGGGUCUCCCCUGGGAGCGCCGCGGGGCGGGGCGGGCCGGGCCGGGGAACUGAGCAGUCCUCCGCCGGCGGCUGGGAGCGCGGGAAGGGGCGCAACAUGCUCGCGGCUGUCAGGGGCCCCCUGCGCCUCGGCCUGGGGCGCAUCUUCCGUUGCGCCCCAGGAGCGCACGGAGAAGCCGCGUGGCGGGCCCUCGCGCCUCCGCGGCCUCCGGGUCUGCCCCGCUACUGUAGCAGCCGUGCCCCCAGCGGCUCUGGGCCCCAAGGGAAGGUGCACCGGGUCCCCGCCGAGUACAAGCCUUCGCAAUUCGACAAGAAAAUCCUGCUGUGGACCGGACGUUUCAAAACGAUGGAGGACAUCCCGCCUCGGAUCCCGCCAGAAAUGAUAGAUGCUGCAAGAAACAAAGCUCGGGUGAAAGCUUGUUACAUAAUGAUUGGACUCACAAUUAUCGCCUGUUUUGCAGUGAUAGCAUCUGCCAAAAGGGCUGCAGAACGACACGAGUCCUUAACAAGUUGGAAUCUGGCAAAGAAAGCUAAGUGGCGUAAAGAAGCUGCAUUGGCUGAACAGGCUAAGGCUAAAUGAAACUCGAAGUGACAAAGUGUUGAUCAGAAUAUCAUUGCUAUUAUCAAAAACAAUAAAAGAUAGAUAAAACA